UUAUAUUAGUGCUGAGUUUCAUUUCUAACAUCGGGCAGAAGAAACUUAAGGAAGCUAAAAUUGCCGUUCCCUAGAAAAUAAAUUUCCUUUACGUUUUCCAUUAAAACCUCGAAUCCAAAUAGCAAAUCCCCCAACUUUGAAUCAAUUUGUAACCCUAUCCCUCGAACUUGAAAGCAUAUUCAGUUUUACUCAAAAAAGCCCACGAUCGGUCUCUAAUUUCUUCUCUUAUUCUUCGAUCUCCAUCUUUUCAAUGCCUUUUUUGAGAUAUCACAUCCUUCUUUUCCUUUUUCUCUUGGUAUUCUUCGAGAUCUUCGCUGCCGCCGUUGGCUAUCAGAGAUCAUUACUUCGGUCCCUAGGUGAGGGUAAUGGCCAGCCGGACUACGCCGUCGAUCUAAACAGUACCACCUUUGACAGCAUCCUCAAGGAAUCCCCUGCUAGCUUUGCCGUCGUGGAGUUCUUUGCUCACUGGUGUCCUGCUUGCCGAAAUUAUAAGCCUCAUUAUGAAAAGGUUGCAAGGCUUUUCAAUGGACCAAAUGCUGUUCAUCCUGGGAUUGUAUUAAUGACGCGGGUAGACUGUGCAAUGAAGGUGAAUACAAACCUGUGUGAUAAGUUUUCUGUUGGUCGUUACCCUAUGCUUCUUUGGGGUCCACCACCUAAAUUUACUUCUACUGGAUGGGAUCCUAAUCAGGAAAAAAGUGAGAUAAAGUCAAUUGAUGAUGCAAGGACAGCAGAGCAGUUGCUUAAUUGGAUAAAUAAGAGAAUUGGAAGUUCAUUCAGUUUGGAUGAUGAAAAAUAUGAUAAUGAAAGUACUCUUCCAUGGAAUGCCACUGAUCCUGAACAGAUUGCCCGAGCAAUAUAUGAUGUUGAAGAAGCAACAUCACAGUCAUUUGAGAUAAUCACGGAUAGCAAGAGGAUCAGGAAAGAAACUCGUGCACCACUUAUCAAGUUCUUCCAGCUUUUGAUAGCUCAUCAUCCUUCUAAAAGGUGCCGAAAAGGAGCUGCUGAAAUACUCAUCAAUUUUGAUGAACUGUGGCCUUUACAUCUUUCUAAUAGUUCACAAAAUGCUUCCACAUCUUAUGCACGAGAUGUGACGAAAAGUUUCCCAAUUUGUGGAAAAGAAGUUCCUCGUGGCUAUUGGAUAUUUUGUCGUGGGAGUAGAAAUGAAACAAGGGGGUACAGUUGUGGCCUCUGGAUUCUACUACACUCACUUUCUGUAAGAAUUGGGGAUGGAGAGGCUCAACUAACAUUCACAGUUAUACGGGAUUUCAUUCAUAAUUUCUUCAUGUGUGAAGAAUGCCGAAGACAUUUUCAUGAGAUGUGUUCCAGUGCCCCCGUCCCUUUUAACACAACUCGUGCCUUAGUGCUUUGGUUGUGGAGCUCUCAUAAUACUGUCAAUGAAAGGUUAAUGAGAGAAGAAAAGGAAUUGGGAACUGACGACCCCAGAUAUCCAAAGAUGAUCUGGCCUCCCAAGGAGCUCUGUCCAUCAUGUUUAGUCUCUUCUAGCAGCAAAAGUGGCCACACCAUGCGAGACUGGAAUGAAGAUGAAGUUUAUAAGUUUAUAAUGAAUUAUUAUGGAAGUUCUCUCGUCUCUUCUUACAAAGAUGGGAGGGUCACAGACAGAAUAAAGGAUGAAUCAGUUGAUGAUGUGAUAACAACCACACACGCUGUGGCUGUCCCUGUUGCUGCUGCGCUCGCCAUUGCCCUCGCCAGCUGUGCCUUUGGGGCUUUGGCGUGCUUUUGGAGGACACAACAGAAGAAUCGGAAGUACUUACACCACUCUUUAAAGAACGUUUGAUUAGUAGGAGGGCGGAAGAGCUCAAAUUAGGAAGAGGUUUCUGCCAAUCAAACUCCUCAAUCUCUCAACUGAUGGUCUUCUUCAAGGAAAGUGAUUGAAAUUUCAAUGUAUAUUUAUUGAUCAUCCAGAUUUCUAGGUAAUCGGUGCAUUCUAUUAAAAGGUCAUGUGACCUGUACACGAAGUGGUUGCGUGGGAUUCUUCAACUGGGCUGGAUUUUGAAAUCAGUUAGUUCUGAGUAUGCAAUAUUUGCAAAACUAGUUUUAGAUUACAGUUCACAUUAGCAGCAUCAGCUAGAAGCAGUCCAUGCAUUACGUGGUCUUUUCCAAGGGCAAUAAAUUAGUUCAUUUGUUACAGCCAGUUUUGAAUAUCAUUGAAUCUUGCUUUCAUGUGCCUAAUGUGAACUGAAUGGAUCUGACUCAUGAACAUUAUCUAUAAUUGUAUUAAAUUUUUAUUUUCUUCCUUUUUGAAAAAAAAAAAAAAAAUCUAAAGCUUCUCACUGUUA